GGACUCUUCUGCUUACGAAGAUGCUAUAUAUAGUCGUCCAUUUCGCUUCGUUAAAACUUAUAGCGAAAUCUCUAAUUACUUAAUCUCUGAAUGUUGUUUAAGAUAAUAAUAAUCUAAAAGUGAUUUAACUAAACGAUUAAUUUGUGGAGAUUAAAAGAAGUUUCAAUGGCAAGAGGUCGAAAGCUGACAACGAGCCAGAGCGAGAGGUAUCUAGGAAGCAGCUACAGUUACGGUGACAGUAACGGAAACUCCGUCACCGACGAAUCAGAGCUCACGGAGGAGGACAUCUGGUCACAUGCCGUCGAUCACAGCCCGGAGAUGCUGGAAUCUCACGGCGCGUGGAACACACGCGAUGCUGUGGUGAGGAAUGGGCGCGUGGGUGGUGGUUUGUCGCUGGCGUUUGAGGACGCGUCAUCUUCGCCGAGGAUCGUGCACCAGAUACGUGGCGGAGGAGAAGGAGGAGGCGGUGGAGGGGGAGGAGGAAGAGUUGAGAGGCAGUUGGCGUCGUCGGCGCCGGUGAACGUGCCGGAUUGGAGUAAGAUUUACAGAGUCAACUCGGUUGAGUCGAUACACGAGUCGGAGGAAGAGGAGGAGGAAGAUUCCAGGAUGAUGAUGCCGCCGCAUGAGUAUCUUGCGCAGAGCCAAAAGCGGCGGAGCAGAAAAUCUGGUGGCGGGGGCUCUGUGUUUGAAGGAAUUGGAAGAACUCUCAAAGGACGAGAAUUAAGGCGCGUUCGAGACGCGAUUUGGAGCCAAACAGGGUUCUACGGCUAAGUUAGUAAUAUAUAAUUUGAAAAAAAAAACAUUUUAAAACAAAAACCUUUGAAAAAUAUUUUGCUUAUUUUGUCAGUUUAGAGUUAAUUUUGCAACUUUCUUGAAUCCCAAGCUUGAGAUGUAUAAGAUUUAUAAUUGGCUUCCCAUGCAAAUGCUUUUUCUUUUUUUACUUUUUAGAUUGAUAAAUUAAUUGUGGAAAAAUUUUCAAGAACCUCAUGUGCUAUGUGUAUAAUUUUCUCUC